AUGCCCUUCGCCCAGCUGGUCAUUGGCCCCCCGGGCGCCGGGAAGUCCACCUACUGCAAUGGCAUGCACCAGUUCUUGGGCGCCAUCGGCCGCAAAUGCUCUAUCGUCAACCUGGACCCCGCCAACGACAAGACCUCGUACCCGUGUGCGCUGGACGUGCGCGAUUUGGUGACGCUGGAGGAGAUUAUGGAUCAGGAUAAGCUGGGCCCGAACGGGGCGACGCUGUAUGCGCUUGAGGAGCUAGAGGAGAACUUUGAGUGGCUUGAGGAGGGAUUGAAAGAGCUGGGGGAGGAUUAUGUCCUAUUUGACUGCCCUGGCCAAGUCGAGCUCUUCACGCACCACCCCUCCCUGCGGAAUAUCUUCUUUCGAAUCCAGAAAAUGGGGUUUCGCCUAAUCGUCAUCCACCUGGUUGACUCCUACACCCUCACCCUCCCCUCAAUGUACAUCUCCGCCCUCCUGCUAUCUCUCCGAACAAUGCUACAACUCGACCUACCCCAUCUUAACUUCGGAGCGCUGAAUUCCGCGAUCGUGGAAUUAGUCCAGGAGUUCGCGCUCGUUGCUUUCGAGACGCUAGCCGUCGAGGAUAAGAAGAGUAUGAUGAAUUUGCUACAAGCGAUUGAUCGCGCCUCUGGGUAUGCGUUUGGACCGGCGGAGGGUGCGAAUGAUACGGUCUGGCAGGUUGCUGUUCGCGAGGGAUUGGGGAGUAUGGAUGUCAGGGAUGUGCAGGAGCGAUGGAUUGAGUCGAAGGAUGAAUAUGAUGAGAUUGAGCGGAGGGAAUUGGAAGAGGAGGCGAGGGCGAGAGACGCUGCUAGCCGGGCCACGGAGGGGGAUUUUGACGGUGAGGAUGAUGGUGAGGACGAGAUGGAUGAUUGGAAGGGCCCGCUGCCGGAUAGCGGAGUGAAAGUCCAGCGCAAGUCAUGA